AUGCCUUGGAAAAAAAACGGCAUCCGGAAGAAACUCCCAACCGUGUCCUGUGCUGCCCUGAUGAGAUGUCUCCAGGAAAAACUCUUCCCUCCUCAUUCCCCACCGGUUUCAUGUCUGGUGUGGGGUCCAGAGCAGCUUCUUCAACACCUUUUCCCUCAGCUGAUCUACGGCGGGAAGCUGGACUUCCUGGUGUUUGACUACCUCAGUGAGAUCACCAUGUCUCUGCUCACCGCUGCCAGGACCAAGAUGCCCAACCUGGGUUAUGCUCCAGACUUUGUCCAGGUGGCUCUGGCUCCGUUCAUCAACGACAUCCACAGGAAAGGCAUCCGCGUCGUCAGCAACGCAGGGGGAGUGAACCCUCUGGCCUGCAGCGACGCCAUACAGGAAGUGGUCAAAAAGGCUGGGCUGGACUUGAAGGUCGCCGUGGUGACCGGUGAUGACCUCAUGCCCCAUAGGAGCCGCCUGUCUGAGGUAAAGAUGGCCGACGGCGGCAGACAGCCGCUGCCGAAAACCCUGCACAGCAUGAACGCCUACCUCGGGGCAGAGCCAAUCCGCCGCUGCCUGGAUCUGGGAGCUGACAUCGUGGUGACGGGGCGCUGCGUGGACAGCGCCGUGGCUCUGGGGCCGCUCAUGCACGCGUUUGGAUGGAAGAAAGACGAUUACGACUUGCUUGCAGCAGGGAGCCUGGCUGGUCAUCUGAUUGAGUGUGGCGCUCAGAGUACCGGGGGCAUCUUUACCGACUGGCAUCAAGUUCCAGACUGGGACAACAUGGGCUUCCCGGUGGUUGAAUGUUCCUGCGACGGCUCCUUCGUCCUCUCCAAGCCUCCUGAAACGGGGGGCCUGGUCUCCUUCGGAACCGUCGCCGAGCAGCUGGUGUAUGAGAUCGGCGACCCGCGGAGAUACCUGCUGCCUGACGUCAUCUGCGAUUUCAGCCAGGUGGCGAUCCAGGAACUACCCGGGGUAGAAGGAGGGGCGGUCAGAGUCACCGGGGCCAAGGGCUUCGCUCCGUCCCAUGACUACAAAGUGUGCGCCACCUACAUGGACGGCUUUAGAGCCACGGCGGUAUGUCCUGUCGGAGGGCCGAGAGCCGCUCAGAAAGCCCGACGGACUGCUGAUAGCAUCAUCAAACGGACCAGAAGAAUGUUCAAGCAGCUGGGACUGGAGGACUUUAGCUCUAUCAACAUCCAGGUUCUUGGAGCUGAAGACACUUACGGCCCAAAUGCUCGCAGUACGGAAUCCAGAGAGGCUGUGAUGUGGAUGGCCGUCCACCACAAACAGAAGAAAGCUCUGGAGAUAUUUGCCAGAGAAGUGGCUCCUGCAGGCACCGGCAUGGCUCCUGGACUCACCGCCAUCGUGGGCGGACGACCCAGAGUAUCCCCGGUCCUGAAACCGUUUUUCUUCUUGCAUCCCAAAUCCCAGAUAAAGGUGGACAUCCACGUUGCCGGGGAGGUGGUCCAGUCGCUAACGGAGAAGGAACCGGACGCAGCUGAACCACAGCAGGAUGAAGCUCCUCCCACAUCGGAUCAGGAGGUGCCCGACACAGACCUGCCCUGCGGACCACACACCUACAGGCUGGAGGACCUGGCAUACACACGCAGCGGCGACAAAGGAGACUCGGCAAACAUCGGAGUUAUAGCUCGCCAUCCUCUCUACUUUCCCUACCUGAAGAAACACCUGACUGCUUCUGUGGUGGAGGACUACUUCUCUCACCUGAUCGAGCCUGGAGUCCACAACGCCGUCACACGAUACUCUCUUCCUGGGAUCCAUGCCCUCAACUUUGUCCUGAGGAGUUCCCUGGGAGGGGGAGGGGUGGCCUCGCUACGCAGCGACCCCCAGGGUAAAGCCUAUGGACAGAUGCUGCUGGACAUGAAGCUGAGGGGACUGCCAGAUCUGAAAUCACUGGUGGACUGAAUGCGACCCAGACCCACCGAGAGAGACAAAUGGAGCAGACACCAAUAUUUCACCUCAACAGGAAAACUAAUUGACCAUUUAUUCAUUUUACAUCUGCUAACUAAAGUACAUGAAGCCUGUAAGACAACUUUAUUUAAUCUAACAACCUGUGCCAAAUUUAUAUUGUAAAGAACAAAAACAAAGAAAGGGCAAAACAAGAAAAAAAAACAACUAGUCUUUACUUAGGUACGUAGUUUACUGACAAUGGAAGCAGAUUCUUUAUCUCUGAAAUAGCCGUUCAAUUAAACAUUUCGUUGUGCUUUUAAAGAAAGGUAAACAUGAGCUGUCGGCCAUGUUUAGGUCAGUCUUGGCUCCUAUUUAAAAUAGGUACUGUAACAUAUCGUCAUAUUGAGAAGCAGGAGUAAAAGAAAGCUUUAAAAGAAACAAAAUACACACUGAAACUGUUGCAAAAUCUCUGCAGCUGCCAAAAAAACUAAAUUCUCCAAACCCAAUGUUUAUUUCAGAUGUUUUAUUAGUUCCCAGAUGUUCUUCUUUCCCAGCAGAAAGGACCCUAAAUAUGAUCAAAAGUUGCCGUUUUGGGGGGAGAAAAAAAUCGUACUGUCAUCAGCAUAAGUGAUGAAUCACUCAGAAUGCCAUUAAUCAGGAAGGAUUCAAUUUUUGUUAGAAAUUUGCAGUAAGCUAAGUUAAAUAUGAACCGAUUGACCCAGGCGGUACGCACAAGUCAGGCACGCCUUGACAAACAAGUUGUAGAUUUACCCAUAUUUACACAUCAAGUCCGGAUUUCCAAAUUUGUGCGAAAAUUCAGUCUGCAAAAGCACUUUGAACAUUUUAUGCUGUUUUAAGGAUUGAUAAAAAUGUGUGUUACGCCAAUGCCAUUUUUUGGCCCUGAUACCGGAUACCUGGCUGUGCAGUAUUGGCCAAUAACGAUACCAUUGAAAUUGAUGUGUAUGUAUAUAUGAAGAACUGCAUACUAGAUUUAAAAUAAUUUCCAUCAUGGCUUUGUCAAGCUGCUGCCUACCUUUGUCAAGCAGGAAAAAUACUAAAAGUGAAUCCAGUAGAACUUUUUAUUGCCUAUCUGGAAUGGGUGACGAUAGUUGAAUGAACUUUUGGCUCUCAAAAUGGUAUCGGUGCCCAAUAGUUGGUAUUCGACGAUGCCAUUACCACCAUUUUAGUGCUGGAUCGGGGCCCUGCCCGAUACUAGUAUCGGUAUUGGUGCAAUACUAAUAAAAAUGAAGUGUGGAAUAUUUUAGCCCGUAAAUAAUCAUUGCAUCUCAGUCAGAACAUUCUUUGUGUCUCUGUGCUGAAAGUUUAAAUAGCAUUAUUUACUACUAAUAGGCAUAGUUAAGAAGUUAAACAUUUUGAAAACCUGGACUCAUUUAUUCCUAUUCUGAUUAGCAUCACCUCAUCAUAUCUUGUUUGCAAAAUGCAAUGACAGUAAAACAAGCCUGAGGUCUUUAGAAGCUAUUUGUUGCUAUAGGGACCCAAAUUUGUCUGGCUAUGGUGUCGGAAGUGUAACACCACCAAUACUUCCAAUGCCAGAAGACUGUAGAUAUCUUUGACUCAUAUCAGCCUUUAAAAAAUGUUUUUAUUUUUUUAUGAAUAUAAAACAUUGAUUGAUUGAUAUGUUAGAUGCUGCUAAGUAAAAUGGCAUGUAGAAUCUAACAUCUAUCCAGACUUUUAUGGAAUCUCUUUGUGAAAGUUUAUAUUAAAGCAGACGGUAGACAGAAUAAACACAACUUCUUGAGAUCUGUCCAAAAAAAGUAAAAACAAAAAACAAUCCAGUGGACUUUUUUCCAAUUUUGACGACGUUUUGCUUCCCAUCCAGGAAGUUUUUUCAAUUCAAAAUGUCAGGAAUAGCGUUGAGUUUGAGGUUUUAUACAGCAGCCCAACAAGGCCUUGUUUUUGUUUAGAGAACCUUCAAGUUGAAACAGACAAAUGGGUCCCGCCCUUUGGAAUGGGGGUUGUUUGGCUUCUUUUGUUAGCCUGCAAAGCCCCAUACCUGUCUAUGUCUCUGAAAGGAGGGUUGUUAAGGGUAAUUGUUAGCCUGGCUAAACAGGAGAGGUCUUCAGUUCCCCUGUAAAGGGGUGGCAGUUGCGACGAUAGCAGGAAGGGAUCAACUCAAUGGUUGCAUUGUAGUUUGAUAUCUGAGUCCACCCCCCCUCGGUUUAAGGUUGUUGUUUUUUUCUUAACAUAGAAGGCUUCCUUCAUGCCCCUCUCAAACCAUCUGUUUUCUUCGUCCAAAAUGUGAACAUUUUAAAAUAAUGUCUUUUGUCCAUAAGGUGUUGUGAGAUCUGUUUAAAAGAAGCAAUUGCUGCUCAUUGUAUUCAGAUUUUUCCUAAGCUGGAUUUACCAUCCAUUAAUGAAUAUUGGAAGAAAGAUGGGUUUGCUUUCUUAGUUGGGAACACCCCUCGUUUUAGGUGCCAUUUUUAAACUGAAGACUGAUUGAUCGUCUCACGUUGCCAAAAAACUAUGCAAAGCAUUACAAGUUUCUCUUUAGGUUUAGAUUUUGCUACCUUUGUGAAGGGCAACUAUGCUUGUUACCCCACUGCUUUUCCUCAGGGAUGCUGACCUUUGACCUGAGGACUGAAGGGUUUUGCUUUGGGUUUCUCCACGAGAUUCUCCUGUCAGAUAUCAGAGUUGGCUUUUACUCAGUGGCCUUACAUCCGACAGACACAGUGGUGUCUUAUUCACCUCGGUACGACCUAGUUCUGAUGUUAAACGCGCCCAAAGGAAUGCGUGUCUCUUUCCACCAACCAGACCAUGCUGCCUUGAGUCUGUUUAGUCAUAAUUGCAUCCAGACUGAAGCUGGGAGUCGCAGUCAAUCUGCACUUUAAAUACCUUCCAGCUCUGAAUCAUGUCUCUCCUUCCAAAAACAUCCUCAUUUGAUCCUUCUCUACCCCCACCCCAUUUUAAAGGAAAGUCUUCAGCUACUGUUCUGUUUACCUUUGACCUGAAGUGCCCAAGAACCAGAAAGCAAACGUUAGGAAAAAAACUGAUUUAAACACCAAUGAAGCCACAAUAAAGUCUAUCCAAAACAAUAAAUAAACAGCAGCCCUAUAAACACACUAUCAAAGGUUUUUUGGCUGACAGUAAAACCAUAAUAAAUAUCAACAAGUCAAGUUCUUCCUGACAAGAAUUCAAAGCAGACUAUAAAUCAUGACUUUCAUUUAGAAAACACAGAUCUAUGUGCCUUUGUUUGAGCCUUAAAGGACAUCCAGGGGGAGGGAAAGGGGGGGCCACAAUAAAAGCCUUAAACGCUUGUUCUCAUAAAACCCAAACUAAAAACAUAAGCCGCAAGUUUCACCACUUUGCUUGAUGACUUAAAAUGAGGCCUGGACGCACAUCUGUCCCAUGUUUUCCCUGUCAGGAAACGAGGCGUUCCAAAAGAACCGGUGAUUAAAUAUUUGUGCUCAUUGCUUUCUCAUAAUAAACCACCGUGAACCAGAAACUAAAUCAUAUCUUUGUAAUCCCAAACAUCCUCGCAUUCAAAUGACAUCUACCCACUGCUUUGUCCCAUUGCUUCACACACAGCUGUAACAACUCUAGAGACUUUCUUCAAAUUAAGUCCAAAUUAAAGGACUACAUUUUGGAAUUAUUCAAUUUCCAUGUAACAAUUUCAUGAUUAGUCAUGAAAUAUAUUGUGUUUCGAUAAAGUUUAUGGACAUUUUCUUACAGCAAAAAAAAGUUCAAGAAUUGGUCCCUGUGUAACGCCACAAACCUACUUCUUACCUACAGUUCUCUCCUACAGUUCUCUCGAAAUAGAGAACUGUUUUAUCACUUAGAAUCACAGAUUUUCUUUAUUUGUUCACAAUCAGGUAUAUUUAAAACAGUUUAUAAGUAAGUGUUUUGGUUAAUUUGUUAGUCAAAUUCAUUAAAAGGAACUAAACUUUGAAUUUUAUCUUUUACCGAAUAUUCUUAAUGGAAGAGAAAAAAGAAGAUUUGAAAAUAGCUGCAGAAUUCUAUGGAAACGUAUUGCGUUCACCAAAGAAAAAAAAAAUCAGACAGCUUAUCUCAUUACAAGAUCAGUAUCUCGUAAUUAUGAGAUCUGGACUAUAUAUGUGGUUAUGAUUACUUGAGCCAGUAAUGUAGCAUCUCUCAGAAAACUGGUCUUCAUGAUUACUUUUUAAAAAUAUCUGCAUCUGUCCCACUGAACAUUUCUCUGCACCGAGGUCUGACCUGAUGUGCGUUGGUACCAUCCUGAUCUUGCGAGCUUUCAAGGUUUCACUCGCAGAUCAGUCUGGAGACUCUAAGUUAAAGAAAAUUUGGACCAGUUCACCAAACGAACGUCCAAUCAGCGUUGGCUUUGAGGCGGGUUGA